CCAGGUUUUCCCAAAUUGCUCUCUGCUUAAUUUUUCUUCCCUUAAUUGGUUUGGGAUUUUUUUUCCCCUCAGUACUGGGCAGGACUCAGAGACCAAAACUGUCCCCAGCCAGCACAGGGGGACACUGAGACACUCUAGGGGAGAGCAAAGACGUCCUCUUGGAGGGGCCUUUUCCCUUAGAGCAAAACUCUUUCUUUGGAGCAGGGCUCCUCUCUCCUUGGACCUCGUCUUCUGUGGGCUUUUAUAAACUCUUUAACACUCCAAACACCAUUCAGUGAGAAAGGACUUUCUGGAAAGGGCUAUUUCCAAAUUCCUCUGAUAAAGGGAAGGAAGUGGGGUGCGUGCCACUGGGAUCUGCUGGGAAAGGAACUGCUCAUCCCUGUGUGCCAGUGGCUGCUCUAGGGGGAAUCCAGUGCCACAGAACCCCUGUGGAUGCCCAGCCGCUCUCCGGGGGAUAGAUUCCUGUGCUGAAAUCAGCAGCUACUUGUGAGGAACAAACCAAAGGGGGAAUGAAUCCUGCUGGGGCAUAGCUGGGAUCAGACUCUGGAGUACCAAAGGAGUAGAGCUGGGAGCAAGUGUUACUGGUUGGGCUCUGCCCUUUGUCAGGGUGUCCCCAGGGCAUCCCUGGGGUAUUGGCAAUUGUAGGAUUGACCCUGCCAGGCUCCAUAGGGGCUUUUCCAUGGAUUUACAGCGGAGGACAGAUGUGUUACGCCAAUCCUGUAAGUGCUGGAUCGGGCAAUAAAAUAAUGCCAGUGAGCACCGGGGCCGGUGGCCACUUGCAAAGGCUGGUGGCACCUGGCUGCAGCUCCAGCCUGGAUCCCUGACCCACCAGGGUGGGACCGGCUGGAAGAGGCUUGGAAAAGCAUGCCAAAGCUAAAGUCCAGAUGGAAUUUUUGUCCUCCCUGGAAACAGGCGAGGGGAAGAGUCAGAGCGUGGCUGGGGACACGGGAGGUCAGUGGGGAGUGCUGCUAACCCGGCUCUCUGCCAGCGGCUUUGGGAUCAUAGAUCAUCCAACUUGGUUUUCCUCUUUCAGUUCCUCCUUGCCAGGCACAGGGCAGCCCCAGGACUGCCGCGCUCCCUCCGUGGGCACUGAGCUCAGCUGCUUGUCCAGGAUCAUUUUUCCAACUAUUUCUUUUAAAGGAGACGGGAAAAAAAGCGAUUUCCUUCCUUCUUUCUCGGUUCGGCAACUUCCGUCCUUCCCUGCAGCAGCUCUCCGCCUGCACAGGCUGAUCCGGCCCCGGGACAGAAGGUGUGGCCAGCGGCGAUGGCCGAGGGCGACCCGGGCGUGUUCACGGCCACGGCUCUGCCCGGGGACCCGCGGCUGCUGCCCACGGUGACCAACACCUUCCUGGGCACCCGCGUGUUCCGGGACAUCCUGCACGCCGCCGGAGUGUACAGCGGGGCCGCGGGGGACACGCACCGCGCCGAUGUCCCCAGCCCCCUGGGGCUGCGCAUGGCAGCGCCCGGCGCCUGCAGCCCCGCCGAGAGCUUCACCCUCAACACCUGGACAGGGACCUUCAACCACACGAUUCAGUGCCCUGGAUACACGGCCACCCACCAGCUCUACGCCCACCACUCCCUGGUGCACCUGAUGGCCUUCAGCAUCACCAUCCAGCGCUUGGAUGGCUCCACACAUCCCAUCACCAUCCAGCUCCAGAGCCUGUUCGUGCCACAGAGCCAGGACCUGGAUUUGACCCCAGGGCCAGACUUCCAGGGGGCGCACUACAUCUACGGGCAGACGCUGGUUCCCGAGGUGGAGGGGGGCCCGCGUCCCACUGUCCACAUGCUGUGGACCCCCAUCCCGCACUCGCUGACGCUGGGCGGGGAGGAGCGGGAGCGGCGCUGGGAGUUCCUGACGGCCGUGGCCGGGAGCGAGGAGGAGGCGAAGCGCAGCUUCAGCUCGGGGCUGUCGCUGCUGGCCGCGGGCUCCCUGCACCGCUCCCACGUCCGCGCCUGGGCCGCGCUGCGCCGCGGAUGCUCCGUGGAGCUGGACGGGCCCCUGGCCCUGCGCCAGGCGCUCCACGGCUGCCUCUACUACCUGCUGAGCGCCAUCCCGCCCCGGGACAGCCCCGCGGUCCUGUUCCACGGCAUCAGCCCCGGCGGCUUGUCCAACGGCACCCGCGGCGAGGACUACUGGGGACACGUCUUCUGGGACCAGGACACCUGGAUGUUCCCGAAUAUCCUGCUGCUGUAUCCCGAGGCUGCCCGCGCUAUCCUGCAAUACCGGAUCCGCACGCUGGAGGGCGCCAGGCGCAACGCGAAUGCCUUCUCCUGGCAGGGCGCGAAGUUCCCGUGGGAGAGCGCAGCCACUGGCCGGGAAGUGUGUCCUGAGGAGAUCUAUGGAGCCCAGGAAAUCCAUGUCACCGGGGAUGUCCUGAUGGCCUUUGAGCAGUAUUACUGCACCACGCAGGACCAGAAGCUGUUCCGGGAGGACGGAGGCUGGGAGCUGGUGGAGGCUGUGGCUCAGUACUGGUGCAGCAGGAUGGUGUGGAGUGAGGAGGACCAGCUCUACCACAUCAGAGGUGUCAUGCCCCCAGACGAGUACCACAGCCAGGUGGAUAACUCUGCUUACACCAAUGCCGUGGCCCGGCGCAGCUUAAAUUUUGCCACUGACAUGGCUCGGGACCUGCUGCUCCCGGUGCCAGAGGAGUGGGAGGACCAUGCCAGGAAAAUCAAAGUGCCCUUUGAUGAGGAGAGGAAAUAUCACCCUGAGUACGAUGGCUACAGCCCAGGUGAGCCGGUGAAACAGGCAGAUGUGGUCCUGCUGGGGUUCCCACUGAUGCAUCCCAUGAGUGCCGAGGUCCGGAGGAACGACCUGGAGAUGUACGAGCCCGUCACUGACCCGGCUGGGCCAGCCAUGACCUGGAGCAUGUUUGCCGUGGGCUGGCUGGAGCUGAAGGAGCUGCAGAGAGCCUGGAGCCAGCUGGAAAAGUGCUUCAGCAACAUCACAGAGCCUUUCAAAGUCUGGGUGGAGAACUCGGAUGGGUCGGGAGCCGUGAACUUCUUGACAGGGAUGGGUGGAUUCCUGCAGGUCAUCCUCUUUGGCUUCACAGGGUUCAGGAUCACAAGGUCCCGCCUCCUCUUCGAUCCUGCCUUUCCCGACGAUAUUGCCGAGCUGAAAAUCUCCAGCGUCUCCUACUUGGGCAACAAACUGGAGGUCACCAUCACCAGGGAGGAGAUGAGGAUGGAAGUGACUGAGACCUCCCGGGACCCUCCAGCAUCCCCCCUGGAAGCUGUGCUGGAGUCAGGACAGCGCUUUCCCCUGUGGGAAGGGCAGAGCGUCUCCUUCCCCACAGCACCUGGAUGGAUCCAGAGGUCACCCAGCAGGACCCUCUAAACUCUGGCUGAUCCGGGUGUUGCCCACUGGAGCCCCAGAUCUGGGAUGUUGGUGGAGGGGGGAGAAGGAGUGGAGAGGGGGUGCCAUGAGGCCUUUUCCCACCCAGGACUGUGUGUGCUACCUGUCCUUGUGGCCCAGGGGGAGAGAGUGGCUGGAACUGUCACCACAUCUGAGUCCCCCGCUCCCCUCCACACAUCCCUUACUUGGUGCAGAAGAGGAAACCAAGCCUGAAAAUGACCAUUUCAAACGUGUUUGUUAAACAUCCAGGAGUUGUUCGUGCUCUCAGCAUGUUUGUGUUUGUAAGGAAGCCUGUUCCUGACUCCAGGAUCCUGACUCCAGCUCCUCCAGCGUGUCCUGCCCUGGGUCUUGCCUUCCCCCUGUGUUGCUCUGUGGGCUCAAGGGGCUGUGGAGGCUCAGCCAGUGCUGUUUCACCAGAUGAGUGAUAUUUUGGCAGUAACCAUUACUCCAAAAUAUGCAGCCGAAAUCCUUUUAACCCCGUGUGGGCAGCUCACAGCUCCUUUCCUGUUAUUUGGUGUGUAACAUCCCUCACAUGUUUUUAAACCCUGAUCUACAUUAUUCCUUCUUGUUUCAAGCA